CGUCCUUAGGAACCAAAGGCAAACCCGACUCCCACGCCAUGGCUUGCUGUGUUGCCCGCUGCUGCAGCGUCCCCACCGGCCCCGCCACCACCAUCUGCUCCUCUGACAAAUGCUGCCGCUGCGGAGUCUGCCUGCCCAGCACCUGCCCCCACACGGUUUGGCAGCUGGAGCCAACCUGCUGUGACAACUGCCCCCCACCCUGCCACAUCCCUCAGCCCUGUGUGCCCUCCUGCUUCCUGCUCAACUCCCCCCAGCCAACCCCAAGCCUGGAGACCCUCAACCUCACAACCUACGUCCAGAGCAACUCCUGUGAUCCCUGCAUCCCAAGAAACUGCUGAUGGGCGGGGGCUCUGCUCAGCGCCUGCCUUGAAGAGCCCAGAGCUGUCUGUCCAGGAUCCACUUGCCUCAGCAGUCUAGCAGAUGUGCAGGUAGACCAGCAGCUCAAGAUAUGGAAACCCCACCUUUGAUUUUAAUGGAAAGAAAACCAAGACUUUUUCUAUGA